AUCACGAGGCGACCGUCUCGACACGUGGGUAUCCUGUAGCUGUUUGUGUGCAGAGCUCAGAGCUCAGAGCUCAGGUUUCCAUCCAUUGAUUGUGUACCCUCAUUAACCAUGAGCUCCGAGGGACAGAAGGGCAAGAAGAGGGGGAAAUCCCAAUAUGUGGGGAAUGCAAAGAGGCAAAGGGGCUGCAGGCAGCUGGAGGUGGGCAUGCAGGGGAUCCUCAUCACUUGUAACAUGAACGAGAGGAAAUGUGUAGGGGAAGCAUACAGCCUUCUCAAUGAAUACGGGGAGCAGUUGUAUGGAGCAGAGAAGGUAAGUCACAGUUACAAAUCUUACAUUUAUUCAUGACACAUGUUGGGGGGUUAAGGAAUACAUAGAAACUAGAACAGGUAUUUGUUCUCAGAGGAGGAAAUCAACUUGCUUCAUCAUUAAGGAUGUUAUAUUAAUAAAAUAUGUUCAAAAAAUGCAGACAAACCUUAUAUUUCGUCUGCCUUGUAUCCAAAGUCUGUAACAUAACUACAAGAAUCCAGAGAGCGCACAACUGUGCAAUGGCUAGAAAGGAAGCUUAGUUUAGAUACAAAAAAAAGGUAGAGGGGGAAAAGACCAUUUUCAUAGUUUGUGUGACAGAAAGCUAUGUUAGCCUGAGAACAAUGUUUCAUCAGUUACACAGGUAUGCCUGUGUGGAAUCAAUAAAUAAGCUGGGCUAUGCAAAUGUACAAAGUAAAAAUCUGAAAAAUAAAAACCAGCAAUUUUUGUGAAUUUUGCAAUAUCAGUUUUAUUCUGGUGAGUUUUACUUUAUUGUGCCUUUUUUUUAAAUUCUUUUUUUAGUUCCUUAUAAGGAUUCUGUACUCCGUCAUAGCAGGACAUGAAGUAACAUGUCACAUUCUAUCUAAUAUGUGUUGACCUGGAUUCUGCCCUUUUAGGAUAAAAAAAAAAAAAACAUGUGAGGGAUUGCAUUCACAGUUACAAUGCCAACAAUAUUAGCAAUGUCAUGCUUAUGAUGGUCAGCUCACUCCCCUCUUGAGAGAGUGCAGAAUUUGGCAGGGAAGCUAAUCGUAACAUAUUUCACAGAUUGUAGAUAAAAAUAAUGCCCCAUACAUACAUGAUGGCCUGUUUUAUGUUUUGCUAUUUGUAAUUACGCUACACGUAAACAUAUGACUGCAAUCACACAAACAGAAGCGUGAAGAAAUUAGUCCCGUGUUUAGGGAAAAUAUAAUAUAUUGAGAGUGGAAAUACAUUGCGUCUCACUCUCUUCUCUUUCCUUACAGUUACACAAGGACCAUGAUGGUGCAUCUGAAAGCGAGGAUGAUGAUGAUGUGGAAGCAGCUCUAAAGAAAGAAGUUGAUGAAAUCCGCACCUCAACAGAAAAAAACCUGCGCAGAUUCCAGUCUGUAGACAGUGGCGCCAAUAAUGUUGUUUUCAUUCGGACCCUGAAUGUGGGUAAGAUCUUAAAAUAUUUUGCAUGUGAUUAAUUUCACUUUCUCUCAUUGGCACCAAAAUAUUUUCAAAGAUCACUUUUAGCACUUUAUUUAUGUGAGCUAUUAAGCAAAUAUCUGUUUUCUGAAUCAUACAUUGAUUAUAUUGUAAUUGGUUUAUUCAGAAAGUGUACAAUAACUUUGUUGGGAGAGAUUAUAUAACACGUUUCAGUGAGAGAAGGAAAAUGAAAUGACAUGGAUACGGUACCUCGAUUGUAUAAGACCACUAUCCAUCACUAAUUCUACUACAAAGAAUUGAUCCAAGCAAUAGCUACCUAUUUGCUGUCACACCACAUACGGUUUGAGUAGCGUUGGUUUAGUAAUGUGACUUGCAUCAAUACCUGUUUUCAGCUACACAUCUUUAUGUGUGUAUAAACCAUAAAAGUACAUUACCUGACUGGAAGCUGUAUAUAUGUAACUGUUAAACUUUAGGAAUGAACCAUGUACCAAAAUCUUAAUUUUCUUUUUUCCCAUGCCAGUAAUUAUAAUCCUAUGCACUGCUAGCAGACACACACAUAACUAUGCACGUGUUCACACAUAAACUAAUCACUCAGAUACAUAACUAGUCAUUCACUUAACUAUGCGUACAAUCAUUUAUUCGUACAUGGGCACGCUUAUUAAUUCACACAAUUAUCCAGUUUUAAAUCUAAUUUUGCCUUUGCAUGCCAGGUGGUGAAUCACAUUCACCACUACUCCAAGUCCGCCUGCGACAUGGUUCUGGGUUGUGAAAGGGUUAAAAAUAAUAAUCACAGUUUGUGAAAAUAAUGAUACACAAUUCCUUCUUAACAUCACCCACACCUAUAAAGGCAGCCACAACCAACAGAAAUUAUAAACAGAGUGCCUUACGUUACCCCAACCAAAUCCAAUUAAAACCCCACAAAACAUAAUUUAAUUUAGCAGACAUGCCUAUAAAAACACAGUACUGUUCUAUAAGUCUCUUCAGUAAUGUGAUUUCUUAUACCAGACAAAGACAGAACUUAAUUAAAGGAACAUUUAUUAUGAAGAUAAAUAAUGACCCUACGCACAUAUAAAAUUAGGUUACAAACAUAUUUUGCAUACACCCACAAACAGAUGAAAUAAAAUGGAGAAAAUUAAGAGAAACCCCCAAUUCUCACUUUACUAGCAAGGUACCAAUCUUUAUGUCCCAAGAGAGCUAUUGGUAAGGAAACUGGAAAUUCAAUACAAAUUUGGCAUUACCAAUAGAUUACAAAUUCUUUAGAUUUAUGGCAGGAAUUCUAGUUUUAUGGGCUCAAAUAAUGUAUUUCAAAACCUGGAUGAAAAUGCUUAAUGUAAUAUAUUUAUGUACAAGUGAUUAAGAAUUUUUUUUUUCCUCACCAAACUCGAUCAUCUUGGUGAAUACAGACAUUUAUUUUAUGACCAUACAUUUCAUGCAUAAUGCCACAUAACAAAAAUAAAAUAGCACUUGAAUUCCUUCCAAAACCUUAUGUGAGUGACUCUUCAUUGAUCUUCGAAUAUGCAUUAAAAUAUUGUGUUGUCUCUAAACUCUGACCGCCUAUCUGAUAAGGUUCUUUGCAGAACCUGAGAAGUUUGUUUGUUACAUUUUAAUGAUUUUUCUUUGCAGAACCCGAGAAGUUGGUGCAUCACAUUUUAAAAGACCUGUAUACUACCAAAAAGAAAAAGACUAGGGUCAUCCUUCGGAUGCUCCCUGUGUCUGGCACUUGUAAAGCGUUCCCUGAAGAUCUCCGGAAGUAUGCCGAGAAGUUUUUUGAGCCGUGGUUUAAGGCUCCCAAUAAAGGAACCUUUCAAAUUGUAUAUAAAGCUCGCAACAACAAUCACAUGAACAGGGAUGAUGUUAUCAAGGACCUGGCAGGUACGGUUUCCUGGAGCCAUGGGAUAAAAAAAUAGGCAUCAUGUUGCAAGCAAAUCAGCAUGUGAUGCUUUAUAAUAGAACAGCUUCCAGGUUCUUUUUGUUAAGCACGGGUAGUCAGGGGGAGUUUUCUUUUUGUACAUGCAUGUUCUGAAUAACACAUUUUGUUCUUCAAAGAAUAAACUAACACACACAGGAAAAACUCAGUGUUUAGCGCUUCCAUUUCCCCCAGGAUGUCUCAGACUUCAGGGGGUACUUACAAAUAGUUCUCUUUGCAUGUGUAGGAGUGCCAACAGAGCUUGCUUGAUGAAAAACAUUCCACAUUAAAGCAUCAAAACGUAGUGUGCAAGCGUGUUACAUUGUCCUGAAAUUUAAGUAGGUUUGGAGCAAUAUACAAGAGAAGAGGACAAAGGAGCAGAAUAUAGUGUAGUAUAUCCAGUUACUGGUGAAUUAGAUAAGCGAAAUAACACAAUUUUCUGGAGCUUCUGAUCAGCUCCAGAUAUAUGCGCUUGGAUGGUAAAUCCCCGCCUAUGAAUAUGCCAAUGAUCUUGGUCUUUUGUUAGAUGUUCCAAUGCCAGUAAGUAGCUUUUGAUGGUAAGUGUUAUUUAUUUUAUCUAAUUCACCAGUAACUGGAUAUACUACACUAUAUUAUGUUCCUUUGUCCUCUUAUCUUUCAUAUUACUCAACUUCUAAUCGGAUUUGAGGAUACUUUGAAGGCGCUGCUUCCUUGCAUCCCCUUUCCCCUAUAUUAUCUACUCAUGGCCAGAAAAAAAGAGACUGGUUUGGCAAGCACCAUAAAUCUCACUCCUUUAUCCAUUUGGAUUGGCUGAGAUCAUUGAGAUUGAUGAUCUUAGACUUUGAGGGGGAGUAGCAACACGUAGACCAGUGCAGAUUGGGGGUGACAAAACCCCCCCAGAAUUUACCAUAUUACUGUUUUUCUGACGCUUCUGUUUAGCUAGCUCAGUGUUUUAUGGUUUUAUUGUUUUUCUCAAUAUAACCCUGUUGUGUGUUUUACAGACAUAUUUGUAUAGUUAUAGUAAGUACUGCUUUUCUCCGUAUGCUAACUGUGUCUUCUUUAACCCGACAGGCAUUGUUGGAAGCCAGAACCCAGAGAACAAAGUGGAUCUGAAUAACCCAGAGUACACCAUUGUGGUGGAAAUAAUUAAAAAUAUUUGCUGCCUGAGUGUCGUGAAGGAUUACAUCCUCUUCAGAAAAUAUAAUCUGCAGGAGGUGGUGAAAAGCAACAAAGAGGAAACAUCACCAAAUCCGGCCACCACGGCUACAGAGAAAAAUGACGACAAAACAAAGGAAGAACCAAAGACUGCCGAUGCCUAGUGCAAUACACGGGACAGUUGGCUGCAGAGCUUGGCCGAGCGUGGAUACCUGCGGCUUAGAAGAAUCCAGAUAUGGCAGAUUUUGAAGCAUAGUUUGACAUGAGUCUCUCUUUAUUCCUUUUGGAAACCACUAAGCAGAAAUACAACUUCUCCUAAAUUACCUUAUUUCAAACUUUUCUGUUUUGUCAGGUUAUCUACUGACUGUCAGAGGUCAGAAAUUUCCAUACAUUUCACUUCCAUCUGUAAUAUGAUAGGGAAAGGUCUUUUAAAAAAACAGGCCCGUGUGUAAAUAUCCACAGCUGGUUUAAUGUACUGACUGCCAUCUGAUCUUGUGCAGACUGUAGGGUUUGUUCGCUAAACACUGCAUUGUAAUAGAUCCUGUAUGAAUUAUAAAUUUUAGGUCAAAUUAAUCAUGCUGCUACUAUGGUUGAAUUUGAGUUUAUCCAAUCACCUAUUUAAACCUAAAUUUUACAAUUCACUGCAAUUCGGUGUUUAGUGUAUUAACCUUGCGGUGUGCAAUAAACACAGUCUUGCUCAUCUGUACUAAAUACCGUUAUUGCGUAUGCCAUUUCUCUCCAUCUCUGUCAAGCUGAGCUGAUUUGUGAGAAUCUCUAGACUGGUACAAUGCCCCAGUGACAUUGAUUUAAUUCUGAUAAAUAAUGCACCUCUUCUAAAAUAGUGAUGUCCUAAUUCAUUAGCCUUUGUAUGCUACCAAGGCCUUAGCGAAUCUUAUUCAAAUUGAAAAUGUUAACAGUGGUACUCCAACCAAAGCACUGCCCACAGGCCACUUCAUUGAAGUCUGGGUGUUUUUAUUGGUUCUUGGAUAAAAUAGAAACACACCAGUAACUGUAUGAACAUUCUUUUGAACACUAGCAGUUGGUGCGGGGGCAUAUAUUAUUAUAUGCUGCAACGUGAGGUUAUUGUUCCCUGUUAAGGUACACCAUUAGGGGUAUGUUUAACUUUGUAAUCAUUUUAUAAUAUACAUUGGUUAUAGAGGAAUUUGCUUUUAUGAACCAGCUGUGUCAUCCUGGGACCAUCCAAUAUUUCUUUCUUUAUGUGUAUAUCAUUUUUAAUAGGGUAGUGAAUAAAAUUAACAAAUUAAACGCUUGGACUUCAGCAAUAUGCUGCCUUUCCAGUUGUAGAAUAAGUUUGCCAUCUGCUGCCUCCCAGUGGUUGUUCUGGAGAUUCUCAUGCUUAGAAGGCAUUGUGUACACAGUAGGGAUUGACCGAUAUUGAUUUUUUUUCAGGCCGAUAGCCGAUAACUUGUCGAUAUUCUGUACAUUUACCAUUUUGAAAAAAUAAAAAAUUUCUAAAAUAGGUAAAUGCACAAAAUAUACAUGCCACAUGUAGUGGAUGCAGUGUGUUUAGACAGGGGAGCUGUUUGUGUAGUGGAUGCAGUGUGUAUUUGUGUAGUGUGUAUAUAAUGAAUACAGAGUGUGUGUGUUUGUGUAGUGUGUGGCAUUUUUUUUAAUUGUUUUUUUUUUUUUUAUAUA